CCUAUGGGAAAGUGUUUCUGGUCAGAAAGAACAGUGGUCAUGAUGAAGGGAAGCUGUAUGCCAUGAAGGUGAGUCUCCGUAUCAUCUUUGACGUUGGUCCAAAGACAACCAAAGCGUUGACAUUGUCUGAUGUAGGGAGAAUUUCUGGACGGGUUGACCCACCUGUUGAUAAUAAUGUCUCAGGUGCUGAAGAAAGCAGCCAUCGUUCAGAAGGCGAAGACAGCGGAGCACACUCGUACAGAGAGACAGGUGCUGGAGCACAUCCGCCAGUCCCCGUUCCUGGUCACCCUGCACUAUGCCUUCCAGACCCAGACCAAGCUCCAUCUCAUCCUGGGUGAGCGCUGGGUCAAACAGACCCAUACAUGGAACUAUCCGGCUAUGACCUUGAAGGGCGGAAAGUGUGUCUCUGUGUGUAUACUGCGUUUCUGUCUAUAUGCCUGUGUAUGUGUGUUUUUUUUUGCUUGUCUAUUCAAGUGUUACAGUGAGGGAAAAAAGUAUUUGAUCCCCUGCUGAUUUUGUACGUUUGCCCACUGACAAAGAAAUGAUCAGUCUAUAAUUGUAAUGGUAGGUUUAUUUGAACAGUUAGAGACAGAAUAACAACAAAAAAAUCCAUAAAAACGCAUGUCAAAAAUGUUAUAAAUUGAUUUUCAUUUUAAUGAGGGAAAUAAGUAUUUGACCCCCUCUCAAUCAGAAAGAUUUCUGGCUCCCAGGUGUCUUUUAUACAGGUAACGAGCUGAGAUUAGGAGCACACUCUUAAAGGGAGUGCUCCUAAUCUCAGCUUGUUACCUGUAUAAAAGACACCUGUCCACAGAAGCAAUCAAUCAAUCAGAUUCCAACCUCUCCACCAUGGCCAAGACCAAAGACCUCUCCAAGGAUGUCAGGGACAAGAUUGUAAACCUACACAAGGCUGGAAUGGGCUACAAGACCAUCGCCAAGCAGCUUGGUGAGAAGGUGACAACAGUUGGUGCGAUUAUUUGCAAAUGGAAGAAACACGAAAUAACUGUCAAUCUCCCUCGGCCUGGGGCUCCAUGCAAGAUCUCACCUCGUGGAGUUGCAAUGAUCAUGAGAACGGUGAGGAAUCAGCCCAGAUCUACACGGGAGGAUCUUGUCAAUGAUCUCAAGGCAGCUGGGACCAUAGUCACCAAGAAAACAAUUGGUAACACACUAUGCCGUGAAGGACUGAAAUCCUGCAGCUCCCGCAAGGUCCCCCUGCUCAAGAAAGCACAUAUACAGGCCCGUCUGAAGUUUGCCAAUGAACAUCUGAAUGAUUCAGAGGAGAACUGGGUGAAAGUGUUGUGGUCAGAUGAGACCAAAAUCGAGCUCUUUGGCAUCAACUCAACUCGCCGUGUUUGGAGGAGGAGGAAUGCUGCCUAUGACCCCAAGAACACCAUCCCCACCGUCAAACAUGGAGGUGGAAACAUUAUGCUUUGGGGUUGUUUUUCUGCUAAGGGGACAGGACAACUUCACAGCAUCAAAGGGACGAUGGACGGGGCCAUGUACCAUCAAAUCUUGGGUGAGAACCUCCUUCCCUCAGCCAGGGCAUUGAAAAUGGGUCUUGGAUGGGUAUUCCAGCAUGACAUUGAUCCAAAACACACGGCCAAGGCAACAAAGGAGUGGCUCAAGAAAAAGCACAUUAAGGUCCUGGAGUGGCCUAGCCAGUCUCCAGACCUUAAUCCCAUAGAAAAUCUGUGGAGGGAGCUGAACGUUCGAGUUGCCAAACGUCAGCCUCGAAACCUUAAUGACUUGGAGAAGAUCUGCAAAGAGGAGUGGGACAAAAUCCCUCCUGAGAUGUGUGCAAACCUGGUGGCCAACUACAAGAAACGUCUGACCUCUGUGAUUGCCAACAAGGGUUUUGCCACCAAGUACUAAGUAAUGUUUUGCAGAGGGGUCAAAUACUUAUUUCCCUCAUUAAAAUGCAAAUCAAUUUAUAACAUUUUUGACAUGUGUUUUUCUGGAUUUUGUUGUUGUUAUUCUGUCUCUCACUGUUCAAAUAAACCUACCAUUAAAAUUAUAGACUGAUCAUGUCUUUGUCAGUGGGCAAACGUACAAAAUCAGCAGGGGAUCAAAUACUUUUUUCCCUCACUGUAAAUGUAUCUGUCUGUGUAUAGACUAUGUGAGCGGAGGGGAGAUGUUCACACACUUGUACCAGCGGGAUCACUUCUCUGAGGAAGAGGUGCGGAUCUACAUCGGGGAGAUUAUCCUGGCCCUGGAGCACCUCCACAAGGUAUGUUAUCGAGCCUUUCUGUCCUUUACAUUACCUUGCUGAUAUUCCAUUCCUUAAUUGUAUCUGUGAUCCACAUACAUGUUAGCCUUACAUGAUUACAUGUGGGCUAGAUACUAUGCUCUGAUCUGUUAAUCGUAUGUUAUCCUGUGUAUGUAACUUCUUUCUCGGUAUGAUGCGUACAGCUAGGUAUCGUGUACCGGGACAUCAAGUUAGAGAACAUCCUAUUGGACAGCGAGGGACAUUUGGUGCUGACAGAUUUUGGGCUCAGCAAAGAGUUCCUGGAGGAGGAGGUACAUAAAAAAGGAAGACCUUUUUCAUUGAUACCUCUAUUUGUGUGGACGCAAUCUGUGCAUGUAUGUAUCCAUGCAUACAUAUAUUUUUGUCACUACAGACUGAGACGUGUGUUUAUUUUCCCCACUACAGAAGGAAAGGACGUAUUCGUUCUGUGGCACCAUAGAGUACAUGGCUCCAGAGAUCAUCAGGGGGAAGUCUGGUCAUGGAAAGGUAAGAGUUAACCCAUCAUUCAUUAGACAUCAAUUACUGUAGAACACAAAUGUAUCAUCUUUCUUGCAUUUUUUCCUUCUUCCGUUUACCCCUUUCUCCUGCCCACCCCAGUCGGUAGAUUGGUGGAGUCUGGGGAUCCUGAUGUUUGAGUUGCUGACGGGGGCGUCACCAUUCACCCUGGAGGGGGAGAGGAACUCCCAGAGUGAGGUGUCCAAGUGAGUGCUGCGUGCCAUCCACCCCUCCACACAUACACUGGUUCCAUCCCAGUCUUUCAUCAUUGUCUGUGGCCCUCGGCAACUUUAUCAAAAUAAUGACAUCUAUUGUAAAGGUGGCUCCUUUCCCCCUCUUUAUCUUGCUGUCUGAAUACAAUAACAAAUAAAUGAGUUGUGCUGCGUCCUAUGUGUAACAUAAAGCCUGCAGCCUAAUUAGACAUUCUGGUAAUGCGUUGCUUUUCAAUCAUGUUCUUUAUGGCCAUAAUGGUUGCCUUUUAAUGAGGGCUGUGUUUACAUAGUGCCUUCAGAAAAUAUUCAUAUCCCUUGCCUUAUUCAUUGACAUUUUAGUCAUUUAGCAGACGCUCUUAUCCAGAGCGAUUUACAGUUAGUGAGUGCAUACAUUUUCAUACUGGCCCCCCGUGGGAAACGAACCCACAACCCUGGCGUUGCAAGCGCCAUGCUCUACCAACUGAGCUACAGGGGACUUAUUCCACAUUUUGUUGUGUUACAGCCUGAAUUCAAAAUGGAUUAAAAACAAAAAAAAAUUCACCCAUCUACAAACACUACCCCAUAAUGACAAAGUGAAAACAUGUUUAGAAAUUAACAAAUGUAUUGAAAAUGAAAUGCAGAAAUAUCUCAUUUACAUAAGUAUUCACACCCCCUGAGUCAAUAUUUUUUUGAAGCACCAUUUGUGGCAAUUACAGCUUUAAGGUCGUCUUGGGUUUGUCUGUAUCAGCUUUGCACAUCUGGAUUUGGGGAUUUUCUCCCAUUCUUCCUUGAAGAUUUUCUCAAGCGCUGUUGUUAGAUUGCUGUUCACCGACUCUUCAAGUCUUUCCACAGUAUUUCAAUGUGAUUCAUGUCUGGGCUUUGGCUGGGCCACUCAAGGACUUUCAAAUUCUUGUUCUGAAGCCAUUCCAGUGUUGCUUUGGCUGCUUGGGGUCAUUGUCCUGUUGGAAUGUAAAUCUUUGCCCCAGUUUGCACUCUGAAGCAGGUUCUCAUCAAGGACUUGCCUGUAUUUGGCUCCAUUCAUUGUUCCCUCUAUCCUUACCAGUCUCCCAGUCCCUGCCGCUGAAAAGCACCCACAUAGCAUGAUGCUGCCACCUCUAUGCUUUACGGUAGGGAUGGUGUUAGACGGGUGAUGAGCUGUGCCUGGUUUUCUCCAGACAUGGCGCUUUGAAUUCAGGCCAAAGAGUAAAAUGUUUGUCUCAUUAGACCACAGAAUAUUUUGCCUUAUGAUCUGUCUUUCACGUGCCUUUUUGCAAACUCCAGGCGUGCUGUCAUGUGCUUUUUUCUCAGGAGUGGCAUCUGUCUGGCAACUCCCAUAAAGCCCAGUUUGGUGAAGUGCUGUAAAGACUGUUGUCCUUCUGGAAGGUUCUCACAUCUCAGCCAAGGAACUCUGUAGUUCUGUUAGAGUGGUCAUUGGGUUCUUGGCCACCUCCCUGACCGAGGUCCUUCUUGCCCGGUUGCUCUGUUUGGUCGGACGGUCAGCUCUAGGCAGAGUCUGGGUAGUUCCAUAUGUUUUACAUUUCCCAAUGAAGGAUACCACUGUGCUCUUGGAAACGUUCAACACUCUAGAAAUGGUUUUAUACCCUUCCACAGAUAUAUGCUUCAUCACAAUUCUAUCUCAGAGAUCUACGGACAGUUCCUUGGACUUCAUGGUAUAGUUUCUGCUUUGACAUGCACUGUAAACUGUGGGACCUUAAAUAGACAGGUGUGUUUCUUUCUAAAUGUCCAAACAAUUGAGUUGGCCACAGGUGGACUCCAAACAAGUAGUAACAUCUCAAGGAUGAUCAAAGGAAAUGAGAUGUACCUGAGCUCAAUUUGGAGUGUCAUAGCAAAGGGGGUGUGAAUACUUAUGUAAAUGGAAUAUUUAUGUAUUUCAUUUUCAAUAAUUUUGCAAACAUUUCUAAAUACAUGUUUUCACUUUGUCAUUAUGGGGUAUUGAGGGGAAAAAAACUGAUUUUAAUCCAAUAAGUCAAGGGCUAUGAAUACUUUCUGAAGGCAAAGUGAUUGCUCUUCCCUGUUUCUCUUCUUCGGACCGCCCCCCUCCUGCCCUCCUCUCAGGCGUAUCUUACGCUGCGAGCCGCCGUUCCCCUCUAUGAUCGGAGUCGUGGCUCAGGACCUACUGAGGAAGCUGUUGGUCAAAGACCCCCACAGGAGACUGGGCUCGGGGCCACGAGGGGCCGAAGACAUCAAGAGUCAUGCCUUCUUCAAGGUGCUCCUCUUCUCUCCUGCAUCUCUCUGUCUCUAGGCCCAUCUCACUCCCUCUCUCUCUCUCCCAACGUGCACACACACUCCUCUCACCAUUCUCGUCCCAUUGCUCUAUAUUCCUAGGGUCUCAGUUGGUCAGACCUGGCUGAGAAGAAGGUAGUCAGCCCAUUCAAACCAGAAAUCAGGAGUGAGUUGGAUACAGGGAACUUUGCUGAGGAGUUCACUGGCAUGAAUCCUGUCUACUCUCCAGCCAGCACCCCACCAAGUACUGACCGGCUGUUCCAGGUACGUUAAAUACACAUUGUGUGCUGACACUGUCACAGAAAGCCACCCUACAUGCACAAUAGUCUUCUCUUCUAUUUCAGGGCUACUCCUUCGUUGCUCCCUCCAUUCUGUUCAACAAGAACGUGGUGAUGGGUGACUUCAUGGAGGGCCAAAUGGGAGCAGACCGGCCGGGCUCAGCCACUGUCCGUCGCAGUGCUAUGUUAGAGGUAUUGAACUAGUCCUCUCAUGGCCUCAGGAUAGACAAGAGGUUAGGUGCUAUGUAUCGGUGUUAAUGUUGGCACUCUUUAAAAAAAAAUGUAGUCUAGUCUUAGUCAUUUUGACUCAAAUAUAAUUGUCUUAGUCACAUUUUUGUCAUUUGAAUAGUGAUUUACUCUAGUUAAUGUCAAAAUGACGAAAACACUGGGCCAUUUUAGUCACCAUUUUCUUGUGCCUCAUUAACCUAUAGUAAACAUAAAUGAUUGACUUCCAUGUGCACAAACAUGCAUAGCUUGUUCUACCAACAUAUCUUUCUGCAUAACAUCCUUCUCUACCCAACAGCCAAGGUGGCAGAACACAUUACUCUGCAGCAGAUUAAAAUCACACCCCUUGACAUACUGUAGCUAUAUUGUAAUCAAAGUUCUGUCAUCAGUAGUGGUCUGAUAGGUUGCAGCAAACUAACUAGAUAGGAUUAUCAAUCUGUUAUUACCUGAGCGUAUGUAUUGGGAUGAUGCGCUUUCAGAUAUCUCUUGAGGUUGGUAGUAAUUUUCCCCGUCAACUUGUGGGUGCAAACACUGUCUUCUCCUGUGGAAACGUUGCAUUCGGUCUUGUUUGAAUCGACAAGGUGGCUCCAAACGUCGGCCCUUUUCCUACCGGUAGCUUGUACCACCGGGAGUAGCCAUGGCGUGUGCCUUAUUUGCAUCAAUGAUUUGUUGUCGCCAGAUUGGAUAACGGUUGCUGGGCAGAGAGGUGAAUCGUGAAUGACCUGAGCAUGGUAUUUAUUUUCCACCAAUAACAGAAUUGCAACAUUGCAUUGAGAAAGCCUUACAAUUCUGCUAAUGUCCUGCAUGCUUUUGAUUGGACCAAAGAAAUAACACUGAAAAGCUCUCAAUCUCUACAAAAAUUAUUGUCCAGUCCACUUACUAGUCAUAUUUUAGUCACAGAGAUAAAUUCAUCUAGUUUUCGUCAACCAAAAUGAAAAAAUCAUUUUAGUUAUGUUUUUUUCUGGGUGUAUUAAGUUAGUUAUUGUCUUGUCAAUUGCCACUGAAAAAUAGGCGUUUGACAAAUAACUAACACUGGAAUGUAUCCAGAGAGGGUCUGUUAACCUGAGCUGCAUUAGUAAAACAAAUCUGUGUGCAAUAAUUUGACAUUUAACAAGGGUAAGAUUUGGACAUUUCCUGCAGUGGAGCACAUUUUGACACAUUCUGCAGUUCGCUGUGUAGUUUGUACUUCACUUCCCUCUCUUGUCCUCUGCAGGACUCUACGUUCUUCCAGCUGUAUGAGCUGUGCCUACAGGGGGCGCCGCUGGGUGAGGGCAGCUUCUCUGUGUGCAGGAAGUGUCGACACCGCCAGAGCGGCCAUGAGUACGCCGUCAAGAUCAUCAGCCGCAGGUGAGCCGGGCGUGGCGCUGGCUGAGACUCUGUCACGCACUAAUGCAACGUGUCAUUGCUACACCUGCAUGAUGAAUUACACACUUCACGCUGCUGUGUGUUUUAAUAUAUUCUAUUCCAAUGCAUUACCAUACCUGUUUGGCGCACUGAGGUGCUUUGUGUUGUUGACCUUUUAAUGUAUGAAUGCCUUUGAACUCUCUCUCUCUCUCUCUUGUAAGAAUGGAAUUGAACACUCAGAGGGAGAUUGCUGCCCUCAGGCAGUGUGAGGCUCACCCCAACAUCGUCAAACUGCACGAGGUCUACACUGAUCAGGUACACAUUGAUGAUAGAAAUGCCAUCAGCAGAUGUUCAAGCAAAACUGUCAGGCGUUCUUUCUCUUCUCAUUUGCUGUGUUUACUUACAAGGGGGCAGGACUUGAAUCACAAUCAUGUUUGACAUUUGGGGAACUUAUUGGGAAACUUAAGCAAUCAUGCAGCAAUAACAACAAAUUCUCAUCACAGAUACAACGUAAUCUUCUCUCUCUGUCUUCCUCCUCUCCCAUCUCCCUCUCAAUCACCCCCAUCUCUUCCUCCCUCUCUCAGUUCCAUACGUACCUGGUGAUGGAGCUGCUGCGUGGGGGGGAGCUGCUGGAGAGGAUCAAGAGGAAGAAGCUGUUUGGGGAGGCAGAGGCCAGUCAGCUGCUCAGGAGCCUGGUGUCAGCUGUCGGCUUCAUGCACGAGGCUGGAGUGGUGCACAGAGACCUCAAACCAGAGGUGGGCCAACAGACUGACUCACAGAGAGUCUGCAUAUAUUCUAGGAUCUAUAGAAAUAGAUGUCCAGGAAGGAGUCACACAUUGAAAUAGCUGCAAUAUUACACUACACUGACCAAAUUCUGCAGCCAGUGAGUAUAAUGAAAUCAAGGUGUUUAGCAAUGCUGUAAAAACCACUAAGCAUGGCCUAUUUUAUUUGGUUGUUUCAGGGUGAAAUACAUUGACAUUUGUUGCUCCAUUACAUCAGCCAAUGAAUGUAACCUUCUGUUGACUGAGUUGUUCCUGCACUGCCCACUCACUGCUCUCGCUCUCUCUCCGCCUUGCAGAAUGUGCUUUUUGCAGACGAGGGGGAGGACUCGGUACUCAAGGUGAUAGAUUUUGGUUUUGCCCGGCUGUGCCCUGUGGGCAGCGCCCCCCUGCAGACUCCAUGCUUCACACUGCAGUACGCGGCUCCUGAGCUCUUCCACAGCACUGGCUACGACCAGGCCUGCGACCUCUGGAGCCUUGGGGUCAUCCUGGUACUUACUGACUCUAAUGUGUCAUUAGUUCAAUUAAUUAUCAUUCUGUUAUUAAUGAUGUGGGUGUGUGUUUCUCUGGCAGUACACCAUGCUGUCAGGACAGGUGCCCUUUCAGAGUGAGCAGCAGCAGCGGGCGGGGAUGACCUCAUCUUAUGCUGCUGACAUCAUGCAUAAGAUUAAAGAGGGUGACUUCUCAUUGGCUGGAGAGGCUUGGAAGGGUGUGUCAGAGGAGGCUAAAGAGCUUGUGAAAGGUGUGUUUCAGAUGCAAUUCAUAUGUUCACUACAUAUACAGUACCAGUCAAAAGUUUGUACACACCUACUCAUUCCAGGGUUUUCUUUAUUUGUAGAAUAAUAGUGAAGACAUCAAAACUAUGAAAUAACACAUUGAAUCAUGGAGUAACCAAAAAAGUGUUAAACAAAUCAAAAUAUAUUUGAGAUUCUUCAAAGUAGCCACCCUUUGCCUUGAUAACAGCACACUCUUGGCAUUCUCUCAACCAGCUUCAUGAGGUAGUCACCUGGAAUGCGUUUCAAUUAACAGGUGUGCCUUGUUAAAAGUUAAUUUGUGGAAUUUCUCUCCUUCUUAAUGCGUUUGAGCCAAUCAGUUGUGUUGUGACAAUUUAAGGUUGGUAUACAGAAGACAGCACUAUUUGGUAAAAGACCAAGUCCAUAUUAUGGCAAGAACAGCUCAAAUAAGCAAAGAUAAACGACAGUCCAUUAUUAUUAUUAUUAUUAUUAUUAUUUUUUUUAUUUUUUUAUUUUUUUAUUUUUUUUAAACUGUUUAUUGGUCAUUUGCUUUGGGACUUGUUCUUUUUCCAUGGAAAUACAAAUAACCUUCAUAUCAAACACUGAAAAAAUAAAAAAUAAAAAAAUAAAUCAUACUUCAUGCUUUAGCGUACAAAAUGUUUUAUUUUCCAAACUAUUGUCCAGGUGUUAAAACCUCUUCACAAUAAGUUGUAAAAGGGAAAUGUAUAUAAUGCUAUACAGAAACUAAAAGUACAGAGAUACCACUCCAUUUAAACAUUCAAUAGAAAUUGGUUCAAAUAUAAACACAGCAUGUACAACAAUGUUUUCACAAGGUGUCUUCACUGAGGAUAAAACAUCUUCACUGCCCGUCACAAAGUCUUCACUGAGGAUAAAACAUCUUCACAAAGUCUGACACACCAAAAAAAGGAUGGCAUCCUAUUAAAAAAUAAUAAUCAUCACAGCAUAAAACAAAACAAUUCCCCAAACGGUUACCUUACGCCACCCCUACACUGAGAUGAGAAUGGUACGACCCAAAACCUUACCCAAUCACAUUCAUUACCAUCAUGCAACAGGACUUGGAAUUCUCAACUGUUCAUGAUAAUCAGAGCUGCCAACCAACAGCGGGCAGAGGGGAAUCAAAUUAUACAUGAGCUUUGAAUUACAAAAACAAAAAAAACAUUCCAAGUAAAAAAUACUGACCGAAACAAAACCAAGGUUUCAGAAUAAAUGCUCAAACUGAAACCGUCAUUGUGUUCAGAGUGUGAUGCUUUUACCGAGGACACCCACCAUGCUGCAGUAGGUCAAAGGUCAGCCAUGUCAGAAGAGAGGGGGCCGGAGAGAGGAAACCGAGGGAAAACACAGAGAUAGCAGGCCCUGUAGUCUUACUAAAACAGUGUGUGUGUGUGUUCACGUUUGUCUUAAUGGGAGUGUAUUCAUGUACUGUGUAUGUGUGUGAGCGUUAGCUAUGCGUGUGUUCAUGUCAAAAUGAGUGUAUUCCUGUUCUCAAUACUCAGUGGCGGCUGUCCGUGGACGGGGAACAAGAGCCACGAGACCUAGACCGAGACCUGGAAGGUGCACGCUGUGCAGGGGGAGGGGAGUGUGGAGAGGCAGACUUGCUUGGCUUGGAGGGCCGUUUGGAGGUCUCCUUAGCCCUGGGUGGUGGGGAGGCGGGGGCAGCCCCACCUCCUGCGCCUCCACGGGGGGCUGGGGAGCCGCUGUGGGACCGAGAGCGAGAGUAGUCCCUCUUGGGGGAGUGGGACCUGGAACGACGGGGUGUCCUGGAGCGGGACGGGGAACGGUUACGAGAACGGGAACGAGAGGAGCUCUCUGAGCGGGAACGACUCCUGGAACCCCUCUUCUUAGCUGCCUCAAUCAGCUUGAUCUUCCUUCCAUUGAUCUCCUUGCCAGACAGCUUCUCAACUGCGUUUUUCAGAUCGCUGUAAGAGGCGAAUUCAACCACCCCUUCGUUGAGCUUGGGGCGGUGGGCAUCGGCAAACGUGACUUCCCCAGCCUGUCUCAUGAAAUCUUUCAGGUCCUGCCAGCUGACGCGGGAUGACAGAUUCUCCACGAUGAGACGGUUCUCCGUACGCAUCGGAGGAGGGUUCCUACUCCGACUAUCCUGGGAGCCACGGCCGUAGCGAUCCGGGAAGCGACCUCCACCACCUCCUCUGUCGCCACCACGUCCCCGGCCACCACGCAGGCGCACACGGGCGUGCUCAAUGGUCACCCUCUCAUUACAGAGCUCCUUGCCGUCCAGUUCAUAAACUGCAUCCUCCGCAUCCCUAGGAUCAUCAAACUCCACAAAACCAAAGCCCCUCUUGAGGUCGAUGUCUCGGAUGCGGCCAUAUCCUUUGAAGAAUCUCUCCACGUCCUUCUCUCUGGCAGACGGGUUCAACCGGCCGACAAAAAUGCGACAUCCACUCAUUCUGGCUGUAGGAUGUGUAUCUUUCUGUGUGUUUUCUUCUGAGGGAUCGUCUUGCUGCCUGCUGCCUCUUCAAAACACAGCGAGAAAGACACGCACACAAAAUGGAGUCUGUUUUCACUCGGCUUUUCAAUGACACGGCGCACUAGUACUUUAUCUAGCCGCUAGGUGUCACCCAGUCACAAGGUUCAAAAUCUACAUAAAACAAUGGAUGGUGGCGCUCGUCACUCGUCAUAGUAGUCGGGGACCCAAUAUAAAAUGGCACGGCGCUUUAUGUCCUCAGACUUGAUUGUAUGUUGAUGUACAGGUAAAUGCUGCUGUUGCGUUUACAGUUAGUAAGACGAACAGCUAGCCAGUAUCAUGAUACUAUAUAGGCUGAUGUUAGACACAAUUUUGCACUCCAAUGAGGUGCGGUUGUCCUGGAGUGUCCUUGAGGUGGUCACAGUGGGGUAGGCUUCAAAGUAUCUGUUCUCUACAGGCCUUCCACCCAUGUUUACUAUGGAUCUAUCGAUCUUUUAGCCUGCUUACUUAACUACACAUCAAUCUUUGGGCCGCUGAAUAAAAACCACCGAAGACUGAUCAAUUCAGGUGUUCUUAAAAUGUCUCUGUCGUAAAUCCAGGCUCUGUCGUAGCUGGCUGUGACCGGGAGACCCAUGGGGCGGCGCACAAUUGGCCCAGCGUCGUCCAGGAUAGGGGAGGGAAUGGCCGGCAGGGAUGUAGCUCAGUUGGUUGAGCAUGGCGUUUGCAACGCCAGGGUUGUGGGUUCAAUUCCCACGGGGGGCCAGUAAAAAAUAAUAAUAUAUAUAUUUAAAAAAAGAAUGAUGUAUGCACUCACUAACUGUAAGUCGCUCUGGAUAAGAGCGUCUGCUAAAUGACUAAAAUGUAAAUGUAAUGUCUAGGCCCUCUUAAACAGUGAGGUCCAACCUUUAGGUUUCAUUUAAUGAAUCAUAGGUUUAAAUGGUUUUAUUGAACUGUGAUAGACUACAUCCAAUUUGCUGAGUAGAGUGUUGGAAGCUGUUUUGUAAAUGACAUCGCCGAAGUCAAGGAUCGGUAGGUCAGUUUUACGAGGACAUGUUUGGCAGCAUGAGUGAAGGAGGCUUUGUUGCGAAAUAGGAAGCCGAUUCUAGAUUUAAUUUUGGAUUGGAGAUGCUUUUUUAUUUUUAUUUUUUUUUAUUUUUUUUUCGGGGGGAAGGAUCAGCUUAAUAUUGCAGAUAGAUUGUAUCUUCUAUCAAUGUAAUUGUCUGCAUCACUUCCAAUCCCCCAUAUUUUAUUUUAUUUUUUAUAUAUAUAUAUUCCCCUUUAUUACUUUUCAACCCCACCAUCCUUUCCCUACUUGGAGUAAAUUAGUGAACAACAACGCCCAGGCCUCUACUUCCGGUCCAUACUCACUAUCUACACCUUAUGGACAGAGUUAAUUUUACAAUAAUUCUAUAUCUAUAUAUAUAUAUAUAUAUAUAUAUAUACAUAUAUACAUACAUACACAUACACACACACACAUACACAUAUAUAUAUAUAUAUAUAUAUAUAUAUAUAUAUAUACAUACACAUAUACACAUCUAUUUAUUUUUUUUCUCCUGAACUUCUUCUACUCUCAACCUCUCCGAUCAUCUUCAUGAUGUCCAUCCGGUUUGCCUCUAAAUGCCAUAUCUUUCUAACUGUGCUCCUUCCCAAAAGCUCCCAACAUACAACCUAUAUACUUAUUAUGGACACAGUAUGCUUACAUUAUUAGCUAUCUUUGUUAUUAUUUGUUGUUAUUUGUUAUUAGUCCCAUCCUUCAACUCUAUUCAAUACCUCCCAUCUAUCUCUUAACACCAUCCAUAUAGGAUUUCUAUUUGCCAUAUAUAUUUCAACCAUACUGUGAUGUUUUACAAAAGUUCUGAACCUUUCUAUUCUCAUUGCUUCUACAGAUUGUGAAUUAAAAAUAAACAGUCCAUUAUUACUUUAAGACAUGAAGAUCAGUCAAUACGGAACAUUUCAAGAACUUUGUUUCUUCAAGUGCAGUCGCAAAAACCAUCAAAAACCAUCAAGCAGUAUGAUGAAACUGGCUCUCAUGAGGACCGCCAAAGGAAAGGAAGACCUAGAGUUACCGCUGCAGCAGAGGAUAAGUUUGUUCGAGUUACCAGCCUCAGAAAUUGCAGCCCAAAUAAAUGCUUCAGAGUUCAAGUAACAGACACAUCUCAACAUCAACUGUUCAGAGGAGACUGCGUGAAUCAGGCCUUCAUGGUCGAAUUGCUGCAAAGAAACCACUACUAAAGGACACCAAUAAGAAGAAGAGACUUGCUUGGGCCAAGAAACACGAGCAAUGGACAUUAGACCGGUGGAAAUCUGUCCUUUGGUCUGAUGAGUCCAAAUUUUAGAUUUUACAUUCCAACUGCCGUGUCUUUGUGAGACGCAGAGUAGGUGAACGGAUGAUCUCCGCAUGUGUAUUUCCCACCGUGAAGCAUGGAGGAGGAGGUGUUAUGGUGUGGGGGUGCUUUGCUGGUGACACUGUCUGUGAUUGAUUUAGAAUUCAAGGCACACUUAACAAGCAUGGCUACCACAGCGGUACGCAAUCCCAUCUGGUUUGGGCUUAGUGGGACUAUCAUUUGUUUUUCAACAGGACAAUGACCCAACACACCUCCAGGCUGUGUAAGGGCUAUUCUACCAAGAAGGCAAGUGAUGGAGUGCUGCAUCAGAUGACCUGGCCUCCACAAUCCCCCGACCUCAACCCAAUUGAGAUGGUUUGGGAUGAGUUGGACCGCAGAGUGAAGUAAAAGCAGCCAACAAGUGCACAGCAUAUGUGGGAACUCCUUCAAGACGGUUAGAAAAGCAUUCCAGGUGAAGCUUGUUGAGAGAAUGCAAAGAGUGCGCAAAGCCGUCAUCAAGGCAAAGGGUUGUUACUUUGAAGAAUCUCAAAUAUAAAAUAUAUUUUGAUUUGUUUAACACUUUUUUGGUUACUACAUGAUUCCAUAUGUGUUAUUUCAUAGUUUUGAUGUCUUCACUAUUAUUCUACAAUGUAGAAAAUAGUAAAAAUAAAGAAAAAUGCUUGAAUGAGAAGGUGUGACCAAACUUUUGACUGGUACUGUGUAUAUAAGAAAUGUAAUCCCUUUAUCGGUCACUCCCUUUCCUCCUUUCAGUCUUACUUUCUCUGCCCCACCUCAUAUUUCAUUUUUGCUCUCCCUCCCUAACUCUUCUAAACCAACCCCCCUCCCUGUUUGUGUUCAGGUCUGCUGACAGUGGCUCCAGAGAGGCGUCUCAAGCUGUCUGCUCUGAGAGAGAACAGCUGGCUGCAGGGCGGCGCCAUUGUAUCUUCCACCCCCCUCUGCACCCCAGAUGUGCUAGAGUCCAGCGGCCCCAUCGUCCGCUCCUAUGUCAACGCCACCUACAAGGUAAUGAAACUCUUAAUCUCUUCUUUUUUUUUUUUAUACUCCAAUCCAGUGCGGAAAAAGUAUACCAGUAGAUUGCAUUCCUUGUGUUCUUUUUAACUUUUUGAUUUAAUGUCUUCUUACAUUUACAUUUCAGUCAUUUAGCAGAUGCUCUUCCUACUCUCCCGACCAAAUCAAAGUUAAUUUUAACACUGUACAAUUAAAUGCGUACUCGCAAGCUCUUCUCUCGAACAGUGCAACAUUUAUGAACGUUUUCAAGAAAAAAUUGAGUCAAAAGUAGAAGUUAAAAAUAUAUAGUAUACGAGUAGUCAUACGAGUAUAUAUGAGUAUUUAUACAACAGGUCUAAUCCUGGAUGCUGAUUGGUUAAAACCGCGUUCCAGCUGUUGUCUGUUCCACAAGUUACCACCGGCUAAGGCUAUGACGUUGAAAUGCCUAUUUACUGUUCCAUCUCACUGCGCAAUCCACUGUCUCAUCAGCCCAGCCAGACAAUUUAUCAACUUGAUCUCCACUGUAUAAAAGCAUCUAGACAUUAUCUCCCCUUUCUUUUAGACUAGCAUUUGAUUUUCAACAGUGGAGAUUUGUAUAAGCCUUGCCAUCUGAAAUUCAAUCUCCAGCUGUCCCAUACAGUAAUGAAUGUGAAGAAAGGCAGCUUUUCUCAGCCAGUCGAAAUCAUGAAUCGGCAUAUUUUUUUAUAGAUAUAUACAAAGAAAUGUCAAUAGAAAAACAGGUCAAAUGAAAUGCAGCUAGUUUGCGGUCUUUCCAACUUCAGUUUGAAUCAUUGUGUUAGCUGUGUAGUUGGCUAGCUCCUCUAAACCGUGUCCUUGCAAGAGAGCCAAUUUUCUAUGCCAGGCGAAAUCGCGCAUCAUUAGCUCAUUGUUAUGGAUGUAUCCAAAUACAGUGAGGGGAAAAAAGUAUUUGAUCCCCUGCUGAUUUUGUACGUUUGCCCACUGACAAAGAAAUGAUCAGUCUAUAAUUUUAAUGGUAGGUUUAUUUGAACAGUCAGAGACAGAAUAACAACAAAAAAAUCCAUAAAAACGCAUGUCAAAAAUGUUAUAAAUUGAUUUGCAUUUUAAUGAGGGAAAUAAUUAUUUGACCCCCUCUCAAUCAGAAAGAUUUCUGGCUCCCAGGUGUCUUUUCUACAGGUAACGAGCUGAGAUUAGGAGCACACUCUUAAAGGGAGUGCUCCUAAUCUCAGCUUGUUACCUGUAUAAAAGACACCUGUCCACAGAAGCAAUCAAUCAAUCAGAUUCCAACCUCUCCACCAUGGCCAAGACCAAAGAGCUCUCCAAGGAUGUCAGGGACAAGAUUGUAGACCUACACAAGGCUGGAAUGGGCUACAAGACCAUCGCCAAGCAGCUUGGUGAGAAGGUGACAACAGUUGGUGCGAUUAUUUGCAAAUGGAAGAAACACAAAAUAACUGUCAAUCUCCCUCGGCCUGGGGCUCCAUGCAAGAUCUCACCUUGUGGAGUUGCAAUGAUCAUGAGAACGGUGAGGAAUCAUCCCAGAACUACACGGGAGGAUCUUGUCAAUGAUCUCAAGGCAGCUGGGACCAUAGUCACCAAGAAAACAAUUGGUAACACACUACGCCGUGAAGGACUGAAAUCCUGCAGCGCCCGCAAGGUCCCCCUGCUCAAGAAAGCACAUAUACAGGGCCGUCUGAAGUUUACCAAUGAACAUCUGAAUGAUUCAGAGGAGAACUGGGUGAAAGUGUUGUGGUCAGAUGACACCAAAAUGGAGCUCUUUGGCAUCAACUCAACUCGCCGUGUUUGGAGGAGGAGGAAUGCUGCCUAUGACCCCAAGAACACCAUCCCCACCGUCAAACAUGGAGGUGGAAACAUUAUGCUUUGGGGGUGUUUUUCUGCUAAGGGGACAGGACAACUUCACAGCAUCAAAGGGACGAUGGACGGGGCCAUGUACCGUCAAAUCUUGGGUGAGAACCUCCUUCCCUCAGCCAGGGCAUUGAAAAUGGGUCGUGGAUGGUUAUUCCAGCAUGACAAUGACCCAAAACACACGGCCAAGGCAACAAAGGAGUGGCUCAAGAAGAAGCACAUUAAGGUCCUGGAGUGGCCUAGCCAGUCUCUAGACCUUAAUCCCAUAGAAAAUCUUCAGCCUCGAAACGUCAGCCUUCGAAACCUUAAUGACUUGGAGAAGAUCUGCAAAGAGGAGUGGAACAAAAUCCUCCUGAGAUGUGUGCAAACCUGGUGGCCAACUACAAGAAACGUCUGACCUCUGUGAUUGCCAACAAGGGUUUUGCCACCAAGUACUAAGUCAUGUUUUGCAGAGGGGUCAGAUACUUAUGUCCCUCAUUAAAAUGCAAAUUAAUUUAUAACAUUUUUGACAUGCGUUUUUCUGGAUUUCUUUGUCUCUCACUGUUCAAAUAAACCUACCAUUAAAAUUAUAGGCUGAUCAUGUCUUUGUCAGUGGGCAAACGUACAAAAUCAGCAGGGGAUCAUAUACUUUUUUCCCUCACUGUAAACGUCACUAUAAAACAGCUUGAAGAAGCGCAAAUGCAGCUAAUUUUCUCUUAUUCUGGCUGCACUGUUUGACGUGACUGUGUUAGCCCAAGUUGGCUAGCUAGCAAGCCUGGUGAUAAGAACGUUGCCAGCCAGCAUGGCAAGGGAACAUUUAGAAUGAACGACUGGGUCCCGUCCAUAGCUGUAGAAUAAAAAUACUUCAUGACUGGGUCUGGCAACCUAACCGAUGGAAUGAACGACCAGCCAACUUGGGGAGCAACCCUAGAUUUGUGUCGGGACUAUAACUUGUGUAAGAAUGAAAUAAAUUAGUAUGAAUAAAUUCAUCAAAAUAACAUUUAUGUGUUGGUAACCCAUUGUAUAAAAGUGAUCAUGUCCCUCGAAGCUGGUGUUUGGAGGAUAUAUUGACGUCUCAGGCCUAACAACACAAUAUGACUACAAAAACAGUAAUAUAUUAAUAUAAUAAAUGGUAUGUGCAAUAUAACGACAAUAGAGAAAUACAUUUAGUUGCCUGUUUAUUAGGUACACCAUCUAGUACCGGGUCGGAGCCCCCUUUGCCUCCAGAACAGCCUGAUUUUGUCGGGGCAUGGAAACAUUGCUCAAUUAGUAUCAAGGGACCUAACAUGUGCCAGGAAAACAUUCCCCACACCAUUACACCGCUGACACCAGGCAGGAUGGGGCCGUGGACUCAUGCUGCUUACGUCAAAAUCCUGACUCUGUCAUCAGCAUGACGCAACAGGUACCCGGAUUCGUUGGACCAGGCAAUGUUUUUUCACUCAAUUGUAAAGUCUUGGUGAUCGCGUGCCCACUGGAGCUGCUUGUUCAUGUUUUUAGCUGAUAGGAGUGGAACCUGGUGUGGUCGUCUGCUGCAAUAGCCCAUCCGUGACAAGGACCGACGAGUUCUGCGUUCCAAGAUGCCGUUCGGCACACCACUGUUGUACUGUGCCAUUAUUUGCCUGUUCGUGGCCUGCCUGUUAGCUUCUUGCCAUUCUCCUUCGACCUCUCAUCAACGAGCUGUUUUCGCCCACAGAACUGCCGCUGACUGGAUGUUUAUUGUUUGUCGCACCAUUCUCAGUAAACCCUAGACACUGUCGUGCAUAAAAAUCCCAGGUGGCCGGCCGUUUCUGAGAUACUGGAACCGGCUUGCCUGGCAUCGGCGAUCAUACCACGCUCAAAGUUGCUUAGGUCCCUCGUUUUGCCCAUUCCAAUGUUCAAUCAAACAGUAACUGAAUGCCUUGAUGCCUGUCUGCCUGCUUUAUAUAGCCAGCGAACCAUUUUUGUGAACGGUGUGCCUAAUAAACUGGCCACUGAGUGUAUAAUGGAGGUAGGUGGAUGUGCAAUGUAAUAGAAUAAGUAGGCUAUAUAAUUGUAUGUACAUCCUCUCCAUUAGGCGUUCAACAAGGGGAAGAGGGAGGGCUUCUUUCUGAAGAGUGUCGACAACGCCCCCCUUGCAAAGCGACGCAAGCUCAAGAUGACAAGUACAGGUGUGGAGACUCGACGGAGCUCCUCUUCCUCCUCCUCUUCCUCCUCCUCCUCAGCUGCCUCUGCCGCUACAACAAACCUAAAAACACAGCCACCACACCAAACUCUACCCCCAAAGCUAGAAAAGAGCUAGCAGGCGAGGAGGGGAACAAGAGGAGGGGGAAGAGUGGGAGGAAUAGAGUUAGGAGAAUGAAGCACAUUAAUUCAGCUAUGACAGAUUGGAAUACUAGCUCUGAAAGACCAGAGAUUACUUGAUUUGUUAUAUCCCCUCUAAGUCCAAAGUCAUAUAGAAUCUCCAAAUUAUAAUAACUUAUUUAUGAACAAAGUAAGAGACUAGUUCAAUACUUAAGAUGAAACAAAAGGGUUCACGACCCUGUUUUCUUUAAAAGACUAUGCUGAAUGGCAUUUUGAGUUAUCAUAAUGAUGCAAGGACUUCAUCUAUAUGUAUUAAUACCAUCUGUAGUAGCUUGUACCAUCUCAUACGUUUUCUCAAGAAAUUAACUAACAUGUAAUUUCUUGAGUGGAACUAAGCUUUAGACUAUUGUUUUCUAAUUUCUGGUCUAGAGGCUAUAUAUCAGUAUGGGUAAGUUAUGGAAGACACUUCGUUGGCUUUAAGAUCAUACUUAUGAAGUUUUCAGUCACCUUAGCAGGGUGAUGAUGAGCACGCAGUUGGAGAUAAUCCUGAUGUUUGCAUGUUGUCAUUA